AUGUUCAAUGUUUCUAGUGGCGGUGGUGGUUGUCAUGGUGGUGGGAAUGAACCACACCUCGAGCAAGAGCGAUGGAGAUGGCGGGGUGGGACGAGUUCUAAGAAGGAGGUGCACGCACUUUGCCAACCCGUGGAUUAUAAAGAGACAUGCGAGCAGAGCAUGUCCCAGUCGAACUCCACCGACACCAAGGAGUUGAUAAGGGCCAGUUUUCAGGCGGCGAUGAAGGAGAUACAGGCGGUGUUGUCUAAAUCGGCGACGAUCCAUGAGUUACAGACGGAUGAAGGGACAAAGGAUGCAUUUAAGGUUUGCCAGGAGGUGAUGGGUUACGCCAUCGACGACCUCGAGAACUCGUUCAAGACGCUCGGUGAAUACAACAUGAGAAAGAUCGACGAUUACCUUAUGAACCUCAAGGUGUGGUUGAGCGGCGCCGUCACGAGUCAACAAACAUGCAUAGACUCGUACAACGAAAAAAACGGCACGGCGGCGGACAAGAUGAGGAGUCUAAUGAAGAAGUCACAGGAGCUAACCAGCAACUCUCUCCACAUAGUGUCUGGCAUAUCGUCCAUCCUCAAGGACCUCAACAUCCCGGGCAUCGACAAUCUCGACACCACUGGACUCAAACGGAAGCUCUUGUCGAGCGGAGAAGACAACGAUUUCCCACAGUGGGGUGGGAUGGAGCCCCAUGAUCGAAAGCUCUUCUCGUUGUCGUCUUUUAUCAGGGAUUUGAUCACACCACCCGGUGAUGAUGUCCAACCUGUGAAGAAAUUAAGAAAACGAAAGCUCUUUUCGAGCAAUGACGACGAUGAUUUGGCAUUGUGGGGGAUGAAAUCUCGCGAUCGGAAGCUCUUCUCGAGCAGCGACGACGAUGAUUUUGCACUGUGGGGCAUGAUAUCUCGCGAUCGAAAGCUCUUCUCGAGCAACGACGACGACGAUUUCGCACAGUGGGGGAUGAAAUCCCGUUAA